GAGACCAGAGUAGACCGGCAGAGAGGCGGCCCCGGUGCUGAGGCAGAGACCAGAGGACAGCGGGAGGGAACGGCUCCGAGCAGCAUCCGCCGGUAAGAGACCCUCAACAGUGUGCAGCAGCAGGGGCGCACAUCCCGGAGGUAAACCGAGGGGUCGGAGCCAAGACCGGGACAGGUGUGAGGAGCACGAACAGCUUGUGUUGGGUGUCGGUCCAAUCACAGUACUCCUGCAUCUCCUGCUCAGCCAAUCAGUCUCCUCAUCCACAUCAUGUGAACAUAUCUGUGGCUGUGAACAUAUCUGAGGAGUUCUCAUCAAACCUAUUUUCUCUGUCUGCCUCCAAUAAGUCCUAGUACAGAGGCAUCAUGGGAGGUGUGGCAUUGGACGUGGGUGCAACAGGAGUGAAGGCGCCAGACGGAGGGUGGGGUUGGGCGGUGCUGGCCGGAUGCUUCGUCAUCACAGGCUUCUCUUAUGCCUUUCCUAAAGCAGUCAGUGUGUUUUUCAAAGAGCUGAUCAGGGAGUUUGGGGUGGGCUACAGCGACACCGCCUGGAUCUCCUCCAUCCUGUUGGCCAUGCUCUACGGCACCGGUCCAUUGUGCAGUGUGUUAGUGAACCGUUUUGGCUGUCGUCCGGUCAUGAUGGUGGGCGGCCUGUUUGCCUCUCUGGGAAUGAUCCUGGCCUCUUUCUCCACCAGCAUCAUCCACAUCUACCUCUGCACUGGAGUCAUAACAGGUCUGGGGUUAGCCUUGAACUUUCAACCAUCUCUGAUUAUGCUUAACCGCUACUUCGAUGAGAAGCGUCCUCUGGCCAAUGGGCUUUCAGCAGCCGGAAGUCCUGUUGCCCUUUGCUGCCUCUCCCCCCUGGGCCAAGUCCUCCAGUACCAGUAUGGAUGGAGGGGGGGCUUCCUCAUCCUUGGGGGUAUUCUUCUCAACUGCUGUGUAUGUGGAGCCCUCAUGAAGCCUUUGGUGCCUCCAAAGACACUCAAAGACAACAAUCUGGAACAAGAAAACCCAGAGGACACAGAGAAGAAGCAGAAGAAGUCCAGAGCUAAACUCCUGGACUUUUCUGUUUUCAAAGACUGUGGUUUCGUCAUCUACACAGUGGCAGCUUCCAUCAUGGUGCUGGGCUUGUUUGUGCCCCCUGUCUUUGUUGUGAGCUAUGCUAAGGAGAUGGGAACUGAAGAUACCAAAGCUGCUCUGCUGCUCACCAUUCUGGGCUUCAUUGAUAUCUUUGCACGGCCCACGUGUGGUGUGAUUGCAGGACUUAAAUGGGUUCGUCCUCGCUGUGUCUACCUCUUUAGCUUUGCUAUGAUCUUCAAUGGAACCACUGACCUGAUUGGAUCACAGGCAAAGGACUACGGGUCUCUGGUGGUCUUCUGCAUCUUCUUUGGUGUCUCCUAUGGCAUGGUAGGAGCGCUGCAGUUUGAAGUUCUCAUGGCAAUAGUUGGUACAGAGAAGUUCUCCAGUGCCAUUGGUCUGGUUCUGCUCAUGGAGGCCAUUGCUGUUCUUGUUGGGCCACCUGGUGCAGGUCUGCUACUCGAUGCCACCAAGAACUACAUGUGUGUCUUCCUCCUGGCAGGAAGUGAGGUGUUCCUCUCGGCUGUGGUUCUGGCCACCUGUAACUUUAUGUGUAUAAGAAACAAGCGUCCAGAGCCAGAAGACAAGGUUGAUGAUGUGAUAGAGAUAGAGACAGAGACAGCGAAGAGACUGGAGUCCAGCAUACCUGAAGAAGAACAUGAAGAAGAGGAGAAAGGAGCCAGAGAGGAGCAAGAGAAGGAGACACAGAAGGAGGUGGUCAUGGAGUUAAAGGAGCAGGAUGAGAAAGUUGAGGAGAUCAGAGAAGAGAGCAGAGGAGUAGACUCACAGGAAGUGAAGUUCCCGAAAGAACCUCAGCAAAAUGGUGCAAUGACCCAAACUCCUGAAACAUGUCUGUAAACAUGAGUGAAGGGUUUGGACGGGUUCACAGGUACAGAAACACAUUCCCUUUGUCAAAAACAUCCUAUAACAGGAUAGAGCAUAUAACAACAGUUCUGAUGUUGGAUUGCUGAGCUUUCCAUCAUUCAGUGUUAACUCUGAUGUCAGUUAUUUACACUAAGCCUUUUGGUGUCACUGCCAUAGAGUUCUAUGUAAAUUAGAUAUAAUCAGUAAAAACUUAAGUGUUGAUCAAAUUGGAGCUUUAUUUGGAUGUAUUUACCAGCAGAUUCAUUAAACACAUAAGGCUGGAAAUGUCCUGUAUUUAUGUCUCAAAUCCUGCGAAAAGAUCAAAACCAUGAACAGAUCCUGCAGAAUUCUGUUUAGUGAUUAACACAAACUAUGGAGAUUUUCAUGUUUUACAAAAUAUCGAAUAUGCAGGUUAAUAAUUUUAAAGAGUAUUACUAACUUACAGAAUGUCCUACAAAAAUACAUUUUCCUUGCAGCAAUAAAUAGUAACACACCAAUUGGCAGUGGUGGAAUCCCAGCUCCAUAAAGUAAAAGUCCUGCCAUGUAUUGGUUCAACCUGUUCCCUUAACGCAUGUGAUUCCACUAAUUAUCCCAUCUACCUGGAUGAGGAGUUGUGCUCAUCAAAAUGGGCCGGUUCAUUGAAUGGUUGGAGAAAAUACAUGACAGGACUUUUACUUUGUGGAGCUGGGAUUCUCCACCACUGCCAAUAGGUGAGAACAUAGAACCACAGAUACAUUAAAGAGAACCGACGCUAUUCUCUCAGUGGCUACUUGUGGUACUGCAGCAAAACAAGAUUUGACAUUUUAAUAAUACUGUGGGUGGCAGCAGUGGGUGAAAAUGUUCAUUUCCAUGCAUAUUGAGUGGGUUUUGCAGGUACAGUGGGCUGUAAAAAAACCCCCACAAAAGCCAGAAAUGUUUUUCAGCACUUUCUCCAAUUACCAAUUAUCCACUGAAUGAAAAAUGGAAACCAUUUUAGAGACCAGAGAACACUUGUGUCAUAAGCACACACAACCAAUGCUAACAACCAACAACAACCAAUCCAGGGGGUUGUUUAUGCUACAAUGACUUCAUAAAACUUUUAAAAAUGAUGUAUUAUGUACCACGGACAAAUGUUCCUGGUUGCAUCUUGUUUUCAACUCAUGCUGCUCAUAUGUGCCUUAAGUUGCCCCCUGGGAACAAAUGAAGUUUUCUGAAUCUGAAUCUAAGACAGUGGAAAUGACUAAAGCUAGCUUCAAUCUAUUAAGAGGUUAAUCAUUUGUGAAAUGUAGGAGCUCAGUUUUUUGGUUUCACCUUUUAAUUGGAUUUGUUGACUGUAAGAAAGAUACUGGAUAAUUCCAGCUUAAUCAUUAAAAAACAAAAAUGCUGCUUUGUUUUUGCUGUGUGCUCUAGAGUCUAAGUCCUGGUUUGGUGGGUAAAUGGAUACUAAUGACACCAUUCUGCAUUUAAUGGGUAGAGAUUUUUAAGCAAAAGUUUGAAAGUUUCCAAUAAACAGAGACUCUGUGCUUUUAGUGAGAAACACACUGUAAAAUCAGUGUUAAAUGGUUGUUUGUUGACGUUACACGCAUGAGUGUCAGUGUUACAGUUGUUCGAAGGUUGUUACUGCUCUUGUGGCUUUUUGAUUCAUCCUUAGAUUAUAACACGUUACUUAUGUAACCCUCAUCAGAGGUUUACAGUCUUCAGGAUCUUUCAGAAAACAUUUCUGAGUUGUAUGUUAACUUUGUAUUGAAGUCUUCAUCACCAUUCUUUAACAGAUCUUUCCAUGAAAGUCACCUAACUGCAUUUGUGACUGUGGUUAACUGUAGAUGUGAAGCUUCUGUGUGUUAAAAAUGGCAUUUGUCUCCAAAUAGCUCAUUGUUUAACAGAACAAAGGACACUUAAAUUCUAAGCCUUUGUUAUUGUCAUCAUUUUAAUUUGUAGGCUAAAAAAUGUUUGCCGUCCACUUUCAAUGAGUCACUUUAAAUUCAUCCUCGUGUGUUGGAUGUGAAUUGGAAUAUAAAGCUUUAGAAAAUCAACUAGUAGAUUAUAAUAAAUAUAGAAACUGGGAUGGGAUGGGAUCAGGCAGCAGGAAUGAUUGAAAAGGCUGUGAACUGACAGGGCAAAAAUGGAUUUUACUAAUUGAUCACUGAACUGUAGAUUGUUUAUUCUGUUUCAAUAUUGUGAUGUUUGUGUGAUUUUGAAUGAAUAUGAGUCAGAUUUGUGUGUGUUCAUCUGCAGAUGUGAAACUUAUGUUGAGUCUCAUGCUGUUAACAGUUUUCUAAGUUUCCCACAUAGAUGAUAAAAGUGUGUUCACUGAUUUGUAUGUAGGAAACAUGAGUUGUUUCUUCAGCUGAAGUCCUUCAACUCACACCUGAAUCUGUCAGUGCCUCUUCUGCUCCUCUACAGUCGUAACAUCAGUGACUAUUAGAUUAGAACUGGACUUAGCUAACAUCAUUCAAUGACACAUAAAGCUAACAAGCAUGUGCAAAUGUUCCAUAUUGGAUAUUUAAAGGGAACUUUUGUUUAUUUAUAACUCUGAAAUGUUUGUGCAGUGUUUUAUCCAAGUAUUCCUAAUGCAUCAGGUUUUGUUCAAUUGUUAUCUUGUCAGACUCCAUCCCUUAGACCCUUCAUUCAACAUGUUCAAAGCUAAAUUGGUGUCUAUUUGUUGAUACAUCAGAUUUGCUUGUAGUAGUGUUUGCAAUACUUUUGGUUUACUGGUUUACUCUCAUAGCUUCUUACUUGGUUUAACUAAAUUACGGUCACAUUGGAAGAUACACAACAAUUGUCAGGUAGCCUACAAGCAAUGCUCGCUUGUAGAGAUUUAACUUAUUUUAGCAUCUUUCUUUGUUUUGAUCUCACUGUUUGCAAAGAAACAAUGCAGCCCCUUCUUUAAGCUUCUUUCAGCUUGGUGUUUUGGGUUCAUUGUCUACAUCUUUGUGGUUUUGGGGUCUUUGUUGUGGUUCCCAGCAUUACUUUUUGAAACAACAUCAAGCAUCAAGCAGUUCUGGAAACAGCUAAGUCCAUAUUAUAACAGUAAACAAAACAUAACAUAAAUAGAUUUUAAUCCCAAUUUGAUGUAUUGUCAGUUAAAUUUAAUGUAACUUUAGCAAUUAAGACUGGACUGAGUUUUGUAAUAGUUGUAAAUGUUAAUUUUCCAUUCGAUUUUUAUGGAUGAUUAAUGAGAUGUUAGAGUUUUAUGGUAACAACUUUGAUAAACACACUUCAGACCUCCUGCUCAUCACCAAAAGACAAAUGAAUAUAAAAAGUGAACAUAAAA